AGUGCCGCUGCCACAGCUGUUCGCCCGCCAACGCUUGCCAACACUGCGCCACAUGCUCCACAAUUUUCUUGUUGCCUUUUGCGGCUAAUUUCUCACUGCCCGUUUAUUCCGCAAGUAAAAACCCUCCAUUAAUGGUAUUUAACUAAACAGCAAGCAGCCAUGAGCGCCACUGACGAGUUCCAGAGCUGGCUCAACGAGCAGCUGCGCCAACUGAACACCGACGAGAACGUUUUCGGCUCGUACAUCGUUGGCAUUUUGGAGGGCGACGAAACCAGAGAGGAAAAGAUCGAGGCUCUCGAGGGCAUCCUCAGCGAAACAGGUGCGCCGAACAUGGACGAACUGGUGGCCACCAUACUGCAAAAAUGGCUGCAGAGCCAUCCCAGCGCCGAUGAUCCGCCCAAGAAGGGCCUGGACAUUGAUGUGAAUGCCCAGUUGGCCAAGUUGCUGGAGCAACAGAAGCUGCUACCCGCCGUAACCAAGGAACGCGAGUACACCGAGGAGGAGCGUCGCAUCAAGCAGCAGAUCCUAGCUCAAUACUCCCAGGUUACUAUCCAAACCUUGUAUACCAACUAUUACCAACUAAUGAUCGCACUUGCUGUCCCGCAGACCGCCGUCGCAAACCAGGACGACGAGGAUUCCGAGGAGGAGAGCGACGACGACAGCGGGACGCUCACGAAGAACACCAACAAAUCGGAUGUCCAGGCGCUUGCCAAGGAGAAGCGAGAGCAAGCCCGCAUGGACAGUGCGGCCAAGAAGCAGAAGGACAAGGAGGACCGGGAGAAGCAAAAGCAACUGCGCGAGGAAAAGAAGGAGAAACGCAAGACCGUCAAAGGCGAACGGCGUCGAUAACCGUCCCCAAGUGCAUAUUUUUAGACUCUUUCUAUGGAAGCAACAAACGAUCUGUGCAACUUUGUACAAAGUGCAUUUCGCUUAUAUGUUGGCAUAUAUACCGUAAAAUCAUGGAAGCGAACUGAGCUUUGCAGGGAUUUCACGAACUGUUGAAUAUAAAUGUAUUACAAUUGAAA